AUGGCGCCCAGCUUCGAUACCCUGUCCGAACAGGACCUCCACGAGGAGGAAGAGGAGGAGAUUGAUUUCUCCGAUCUCAAGGAGCAGUUUGACGUGAAACUCGACGAGGGUCUGGAUACUUUUGUUGUUAUUGAUGGCCUUCCUGUUGUCCCCGAGGACUCCCGCCAAAAACUUAUCAAGUUCUUGUUGAGAAAGCUUAACUCCGUUGGUCACGCCUCCGAAGAUGCCGUUUUUAUGCCGGUCACCGACAAGGGCAUGACCGAAGGAUUCGCUUUCGUUGAGUACGAGACUCCCGAACAGGCCGUCGCCGCCGUCAAGCAGCUGCACGGUGUCCCCCUCGACAAGAAGCACACCCUUUCCGUGAACAAAUUGAUGGAUAUCGAGCGCUAUGGCCGUGAGGGUCGCAUUGAGGAUGAAUACGUCGAGCCCCAGGUUGAGGCGUUCAAGGAGAAGGAGCACCUGCGCUCUUGGAUGGGAGAUAGCAACGCCCGUGAUCAAUUCGCCCUUUACCGCAACGACAAGGUUGGUGUCUUCUGGAACAACAAGUCGAACCCUCCCGAGAACGUCGUCGAUCGCGCACACUGGACACAACUCUUUGUUCAAUGGUCCCCCAAGGGUACCUUCCUCGCCUCCGUCCACCCCCAGGGUGUCCAACUCUGGGGUGGAGCUUCCUUCUCCAAGCAGAAGCAGUUCCCCCACCCCUUCGUCCAGCUCGUCGAAUUCUCUCCCUUGGAAGGCUACCUGACCACAUGGUCCUCUCGCCCCAUCCAGGUCGAGGAGGGCCAGCCCAUCCUGACCUACGAGGAGGAUGGCAAGAACAUCAUUGUUUGGGAUAUUGAGACCGGAAAGCCCCUCCGUUCGUUCGUGUCGCACGACCUGGCUGCUGGUCCCGCCGAUGAGGGCGAGGUCGCCCCCAAGAAGAAGGUGCAAUGGCCGGCUUUCAAGUGGUCUGCGGAUGAGAAGUACGUGGCGCGCAUGCUCCAGGGUCAGUCGAUCUCCAUCUAUGAGCUGCCCAACAUGAAUCUUCUGAACAAGACCUCGGUCAAGAUCGAGGGUGUGAACGACUUUGAGUGGUCUCCAGCCACUGUCACCCGUGACGGCGUCAAGCAGUACGAGCAGCUGCUCUGCUUCUGGACCCCCGAGAUUGGCAGCAACCCUGCCCGUGUGGCCAUGAUGAGCGUUCCCUCCAAGGAGAUUGUCCGUACCCGUAACCUGUUCAACGUGUCCGAUGUCAAGCUGCACUGGCAAUCACAGGGUGCCUACGUCUGUGUCAAGGUCGACCGUCACUCCAAGUCCAAGAAGUCGUUGGCUACCAACCUGGAGAUUUUCCGCGUCAAGGAGAAGGGUGUUCCCGUUGAGGUUGUUGACAGCCUGAAGGAUACCGUUAUUAACUUCGCCUGGGAGCCCAAUGGAUCCCGCUUCGUCGCCAUCACUACCGGUGAGAACCCCGCUGGUCCCGCCGCUCCUCCCAAGACCGGUGUCCAGUUCUUUGCUACGGAAAAGAAGGGCAGCACUGCCGGUAACUUCAAGCUUGUGCGCACAGUCGAGAAGAAGACCAGCAACGGUAUUUACUGGUCUCCCAAGGGUCGCUUCGUCAUUGUGGCCACUGUCCACUCCCAGUCCAGCUUCGAUCUCGACUUCUGGGAUAUGGACUUCGAGGGUGAGAAGGUCGAGGCCGAGAAGGAUCUCGCUGCCAACCUGCAAUUGAUGAAGACCGUGGAGCACUACGGUGUCACAGAUGUCGAGUGGGACCCCACAGGUCGCUACGUCGUCACCAGUGCCAGUGUUUGGACUCACUCAAUGGAAAACGGCUGGAACCUUCACACUUUCUCCGGAACUACCCUCUCCGAGAACCCCACCGAGAAGUUCAAGCAGUUCCUGUGGCGCCCACGUCCCGCCACUCUUCUCAGCAAGGAGGAGCAGAAGCAAGUGCGCAAGAACCUGCGCGAGUACUCCAAGGAGUUCGACGAGGAGGACCGUUUCGCCGUGGAUAUCGCCAACACCGCUGUCGUCGAGACCCGCAAGCGUGUGCUCAACGAGUGGCUUGCCUGGAUGCGCCAGGAGAAGGAGCUCCAGGCCGAGGAGAAGGAGGCUCUUGGACUCCCCGAGGAUGUCGACUCACCCCAGGCUGCCAAGGAUGCCCCUGUCGGCGGCCAGGAGCAAGGCGACACCGUGGUGGAGGAGAUUGUGGAGGAGAUCAUCGAGGAGACCGAGGAGGUCAUUGGUUGA